UAAAGGCACCACCUGUCGUUGAGUGAACGCACUAGUUUGACUUCGAAUCGAAAAUGGCUGACAGCGGGGAUGCUGUGAAUAGUACGUCUUCAGGGAAAGAGGCUAGAAAUACCGUCACCGAUGGUCCCGUCACCGAUCCAGCAUCAAACAACAAGAGCCUAGAGGCAUCAAAUAGUGCCUUUCACGGCGCGAGAACAAAAUUAGAUUCCAAGUCUGGAGCUUUGAAGAAGUCGAGCCGUUAUCGUAGUCGAUCUUUGUCAGCCAGUAGCACAGAUAGUUACAGUUCUGCAUCUUAUACAGGAAGUUCAUCGGACGAAGAUGACGUGUCACCUCGUGAAAAACUUCAAAAAACAGAAAAUGGUUUCACAGAUUUUUGUGUGCGCAACAUUAAUCAACAUGCAUUUGGUAGAAGAGAGAUAGAAAUAGCGGAACAAGAAAUGCCGGGAAUUAUGGCACUUCGUAAACGUGCCGCCGAUGAUAAGCCAUUGAAAAAUGCUAAAAUCGUUGGGUGCACUCAUAUCAAUGCUCAAACUGCUGUUCUUAUUGAAACCUUAGUACAUUUGGGUGCACAAGUUAGGUGGGCAGCAUGUAACAUAUAUUCUACUCAAAAUGAAGUGGCUGCUGCCCUGGCUCAUGCUGGUUAUCCAAUUUUCGCUUGGCGCGGUGAAACAGAAGAAGAUUUUUGGUGGUGUAUUGAUAAAUGUGUAGCUGCUGAAAAUUGGCAACCUAAUAUGAUAUUAGAUGAUGGUGGUGAUGCAACACAUUUAAUGCUCAAAAAAUAUAAUGCUAUGUUUAAAAUGAUUCAAGGAAUUGUUGAAGAGAGUGUAACAGGUGUACAUAGACUAUACCAAUUAUCAAAAGCAGGAAAAUUAUCCGUCCCUGCCAUGAAUGUCAAUGAUAGUGUAACAAAAACUAAGUUUGAUAAUCUUUAUAGCUGCCGCGAAAGUAUUAUCGAUAGCUUGAAACGAUCCACAGAUAUUAUGUUUGGUGGAAAACAAGUUGUAAUUUGUGGUUAUGGUGAAGUUGGCAAAGGUUGUUGUCAAGCCCUUAAGGGUUUAGGUUGUAUCGUUUAUAUAACUGAGAUCGAUCCAAUUUGUGCUUUACAAGCGAGCAUGGACGGUUUUAGAGUAAUGAAACUGAAUGAAGUAAUCCGAAAUGUAGAUAUUGUUAUUACCGCAACUGGCAAUAAAAAUGUAGUUACGCGCGAACACAUGGAUAAAAUGAAAAACGGCUGCGUAGUAUGCAAUAUGGGACACAGUAAUACCGAAAUAGACAUUAACAGUUUACGCACGCCCGAUUUAACUUGGGAAAAAGUAAGGUCUCAAGUGGAUCAUGUUAUCUGGCCAGAUGGAAAGCGCAUCGUGUUAUUAGCGGAAGGCCGAUUAGUCAACUUGUCUUGUUCCAGCAUCCCCUCAUUUGUUGUGUCGAUCACAGCCGCUACCCAAGCGUUAGCACUAAUUGAACUUUUCAACGCACCAUCAGGGCGAUAUAAAAGUGACGUUUAUCUGUUACCAAAAAAGAUGGAUGAGUACGUGGCAUCAUUACAUCUACCAACGUUUGAUGCACAUUUGACGGAACUAACAGAUGAACAAGCCAAAUAUAUGGGACUUAAUAAGGCUGGACCUUUUAAGCCUAAUUACUACCGCUAUUAAAAAUACGUGGAUAAACAACGUGAUACAGUAUAUGCAAUAAUCGAAAUUUGUGUUUAUGAGUAUUGAAAAAUAACUGCUUCGUUUUAUUGAAGUUUCUUCUACUCAUUUCAUUUAUCUGAAUUAAUAGAAACGUAUAAUAGGAUUUCAUGUUAUCUUUAAUAUAAUUCUAUUUUCCUUAUAUAUUUCGAAAAGUAUAUGAUUCCUAUAUGAUUCCAACCAAAAUAUUGUCAGCACUGGCUGCAAUAAUCAAUAACCAGGAGUUAUAUGAGUAAAUAUAUAUUUAAUUAACCUUCACAAGUGUAUAGCAAUUACUAAUUUAUGAUUUGUGCAUGCCUAGAAAUACAUGUACAGUUGUUCAGUCAAAUCAAAGUACAAGUUUGCUAAAUGACCAGUUUUCCAUUUUAAAAUGAUGUUAAGAAAGGAAUUUCCUGUAAAGAUCUGUAUACGUAAAUUAUUUGUAACACUAUCGAUUACGAAAUUAAAACUUUUUAUUGCAAUUAUUUUUUAUCUUCAGAUGCUAUCUUCAGUUCUUUCUAAAAAUUGCAGUUUUAACAUGAAUGAAUUGUAAUGUUGGAAACAUAUAUAGAAGAUUUAACAUUAUAAGAUAUUGCUUAUUGUAUGAAUAGGUGAAGUUUAAUGAGUUAUCUUUUGAUGAGUUAAUGUCUGCAAUUAUAUCCAAUAACUGUACUCAGUUUAUUUACCGAAACAGCAAUUAUGUAUAUUUACAAUUAGUAUUUUUGUUUCUAGAAAAAAAAAAACAGUGUAAAAAUGAAACAAUCCAAACUAUGUACAUAAUUAUUUAAGAAAAAUUAGACAAAAACCAACCCUUUUAUAAUUGGUCAUAUCAUCCGUCGAUAGAAAAUAAUGAAAAAAUAGAAGUCAAAUAAACGUCUAUGAUGCCAUGAACCUAA